UAAUUACGUCUCUUUUCUCCCCCCCCUUUUAAUUUUGCGGGGAGCCGAGGUGAUAGAGGGGGAGGGGGGUUUCCUGUCUCUUCCCCUCCGUUCACUUGGGACCGGCGGAUGCGAGUCACACACGCUCCCUCCCUCCCUCCACGCUCUCCCUCCCUCCCCUCUGCCUCUCUGCCGGUGGAAGUUAGCAGAGAAGGGGGGGCCAUUAGAUCACUUCGGCAGCGGCGAGAAGGAGGGGAGUCCUGCCUGCGAAGCGCGCGUGUACCAGGCGAGAGAAGGAAAAGAAACGUUGAGAGUUGGGCUCCCAUUUCCUCCCUUCUCCCCGGCGCGGUGCAGCUGCGGGACUUUGGCCGUUCUUUACCCAGCUCUCUGCCUUGCACCUGUUCGAGCCGCCUUCGUAGCCGCUGUUUGCCUGGGGCCAAGGCGGUCCCCGGAGGAAGAAAGUUUUGCUGCCGCCCGAGGAGAUUCCCGCGCGCGCGCUCCCGCUCUUUCUUCAAGCUCGCAGGGACCAGCCGAAGUGCCCCCACAGGCAGACUCUUGGGGGCUCCCUCCUCCUCCUCCUCCUCCUCCUUACCUUUGAUCGUCGUACUGCACUCUUCUACCAUUUCUUGCGCCUCAGCACCUCGUCUUCUCUCCCGGGCUCCUUCGUCUUGUCUUUCGCUUCGCCCUUCCGCUCGGCAGACGCCCGGCUCCUUUGCUCUAUGUUUUGACAUUGUGGAGCCUGGUGGCCCCUAGCAAACUGCGUGAAUGUAUAGCAUGAUGAUGGAGGCGGACAUGCACUCGCCCGGUGGAGCCCAGGUCACCACCAACCUUUCGGGCCAAACCGGUGCGGGAGGAGGAGGAGGAGGAGGCGGCGGCGGCGGAGGACCCAAGGCCAACCAAGACCGAGUCAAGAGGCCCAUGAACGCCUUCAUGGUUUGGUCGCGGGGCCAGCGGCGGAAGAUGGCCCAAGAGAACCCCAAGAUGCACAACUCCGAGAUCUCCAAGCGCCUGGGCGCGGAGUGGAAAGUCAUGUCCGAAGCGGAGAAGAGACCCUUCAUCGACGAGGCCAAGCGCCUACGGGCGCUGCACAUGAAGGAGCACCCGGAUUAUAAAUACCGGCCGAGGAGAAAGACCAAGACUUUGCUAAAGAAAGACAAAUAUUCGCUGGCCGGCGGGCUGCUAGGAGCCGGUGGUCCCGGCGGCGGCCCUCCGGUAGCCAUGGGCGUAGGAGUGAGCCCCGCCGGCGUCCAACGCUUGGAGAGUCCCGGCGGAGGUGGCCCCGGGGGUGGCGGGAACGCCGGCGGCGGUGGCGGAGGCUCAGGCGGCGGCUACCCGCACAUGAACGGCUGGGCUAACGGCGCGUACCCGGGCUCGGUGGCGGCGGCAGCGGCGGCGAUGAUGCAAGAGGCACAGCUCGCUUACAGCCAGCACCCAGGCAGUGGUGGCCACCCGCACGCCCACGCUCAUCACCCGCACCCGCACAAUCCCCAGCCGAUGCACCGCUACGACAUGGGCGCCCUCCAGUACAGCCCCAUCUCCAACUCGCAGGGCUACAUGAGCGCCUCGCCGUCGGCCUAUGGCGGUAUCUACGGCGCCCAAUCACACCAGAACUCGGCUGCUGCAGCCGCCGCGGCUGCCGCAGCUGCCGCGGCCGCCUCGUCAGGAGCUCUGGGCGCGCUGGGGUCCUUGGUCAAAUCCGAGCCUAGCGUGAGCCCUCCCGUCACCUCAGCGCACUCACGGGCCCCUUGUCCUGGGGAUCUGCGCGAAAUGAUCAGUAUGUACUUGCCUGGCAGCGAAGGCGGGGACCCAGCAGCCGCCGCAGCCGCCGCUGCAGCCGCCGCCGCUGCCCAAAGCCGGCUCCACUCUUUACCCCAGCACUAUCAAGGCACCGGCGCAGGGGUGAACGGCACCGUGCCCUUGACGCACAUCUGAGACGGACCGAAGCAUGGACGCCGCCGCCGCCGCCGCCACUGCAGCCAAAGGGGAUAUGGUCCUUGGAGCGGGCUGGCUCCCUCUGCGCCAUCCCUUUUCCCAAUUCUUCCCCGCAGUCCCUUUUGUACAGAACCAGGGCGAUGCUUUGAAGUCCUUAUAAUUAUUAUUAUUAUAACAAACAUUCAUAGUACAAAGGAUAAUGAAGAGAAAAGGUAACAGGUUGCUGUAAUGCUAACUCCUUCUCGUGUCUCCCUCAGCCCAAAGAACUAGGUUUUGAAACCAGUGGGGGGUUAUUAUUAUUGUUAUUAUUCCUUCUGUUGUUGUUGUUUUAGACGAACUGUGUUUUAACUGAGAUUUUUUUCCCUUUUGUACAGUAUUUAUCAUUCACCCACAAAUCACAUAGCCUUUUUUAUUUACUAAGCAGUCCGGGUAUCGUGAGAGAAACCGAGAGAAGAAAAUGCUAAUUAUUAUUAAUAAUUCAAAGGUUUAGGUGAUGCCAACUUCUUUGCCAUAUACAAGCAUUAACUGGUCUCUAUUGGGGCAACUUCUUGUGAAGAUUUUAAAGUCUAAGUAAAGAAAAAAUAAAGUCAAGAACCAUCUUAAAACUUUUUGGGGUGCUUCUUAUAAAGCAGGGUUCUUUUGGUUCUGUUUAUUUAUAAGAGUUUUUGUUUCAUGAUCAAGAACAAUAUUCUGAAUUUUGUAAAUGUUUCUUAUGUCUGCUUUUUUCUUUUGGUAACUUUUUAUAUUUUUUUCUUGUAAAUGCAUUGUGGAAUAAUUUUAAUUAAUUUUAGGCAUUAAAAGGGAAUUCAUAAAUGUGUAUAUAGUUUACUAAAAAGCAUUUUCGCUGAAGAAGAAAACAAAUAAAAAUCUAAAGAUAAGUUUGAUUCUGAGUUAAAUCAAUUUCAAAAUAAAAUUGGAACCAGGUGAUCCAAAAUAUACUAAUUCAUGACAUGCCUUUAAACUGGACACUUUGUAUGUAUAAAUAUAAAUGGAAAAGAGCGGUAAGAACAAAAACAUGGGGUAGACGUUUAUGGCUUUUAUUUUAAAGCAGUUUAGAUCUAGUGAUUUAAAGGCGCCAGGCUACAAAAAGGAGACUGAGUUCUAGUCCCAA